AUGAGUCUGGGCAUCAUGGAAGAAGAAGACCUGGCUGAAUACUUCCGGCUUCAGUAUGGGGAGCGCCUACUGCAACUGCUGCAGAAGUUCCCCAAUAUGCAAGAACAGUCAGAUUCCCCAUCCAUCCAGCUAUUGGAAAAGAAAAAGGAAGCAAAGAUUAUGCAUCAUGCUAUGGAACAGAAGAAGGAGACAUUUAAGCGCAGAAUGGAAAGCCUCAACCUGCGCUGGGAGGAACUGGGAGUCAAGGAAGAACAGCUGAAGGCCCACAUCCAGAAAUUUGAGCAGUUCAUCCAGGAAAAUGACCAGAAACGGAUCCGAGCCCUGAAGAAAGCCAACAAGGAGCGGGAACUCAAAAGGCAGCGCCUCCGGGAACUGGCCAAGGCCAAGCAGGAGAUGGCGGCCUUGCGGCUGGAGCACCAGCGGCUGAGCGUCAAGCUGCAGAACUACUCCAUCUUCAACAAGUACCUGGAAAAGGUGGUGGAGAACUCCGAGUUUGAGGAGAUCCAUGAGGUGAUUGGACGCUACAAGACAUUGGUGAGCAUGCACCAUGAUCUCAUGCAAUCAGCGCAGGAGAGCCAGGAGCAGAUAGAACGUGCCAAGGCGCGACUGGCUCGCUACAUGGAGGAAAAGGACGACGAGAUUCUCCAGCACAACAAUGAGCUGGCGCGGCUGCAGAUGCGCUUUGACCGUGCCCGCAGCGAUGUCAUCAUCUGGGAAUCACGCUGGGCACACAUCCAGAAUACAGCAGCCAAGAAGACCCUUUUGCUUGGCACCAUUAAGAUGGCAACGCUGAACCUGUUCCAGAUCGUGAGCAAACAGCUAAAGGAGACAGCCCAAGUGUCCCUGGAGGACACGCACAAACAGCUGGACAUGAUCCAACAGUUUAUCCAAGACCUGUCGGACAUCUGGGCAGAGGUGAAGAGGAAGGAACAGCAGCAAAUCCGGGUGUAA